GAUCGGACGGUUCAUAUUAGAACACAUUGUUUCGUCUCUUACCCCAACACAUUCAUCUUCAUCUACAUUUCAGAGAGAACCCGAUAACAGAACCAGGAUCAAAGACAGAAUCAGGAAGAGAUCAUCCAUGGCGGAUCCAAAACAGAGCUCUCUUUCUGAGGAGAAGACAAAUGUGAUUGGAAGCAGGAAAGAAGAGAAAGAAUCGAUGUUUCAUGGGAAGGAGACUCAUGGAACAAGUGAAGACAUUGAUGAGAAGACAAGAGUGGAUGAUGUUAAAGGACCUGGUGUUCUCGGCCGGAUGAAGGAAGAGGUUGAAGCCAUUGUUGAUGCAGUUACUCCUACGAAAAGUUCAGACAAGUGAUGAGAUUAGUUAUCUCCCUCUUUCUUUGUUUCCUAUACAUCUGUGUAAGAAAAUGUAACCACCCCUUUGCUUAAUAAUAAAAGACACGAGCUUUUUGAUUC